ACAGUCGAGGAAGGGGUAGAGAGAGGGGCGGUAUAGAUUGCGGCGGCGUACUGUACGUGCGCUGGUGGCGUCGCGAAGCGGUCAGUUCAGGGGUUCAAAGAGGAAAACAUGGCGGAUAACAAAGGAGGCGGUGGCGGGGAGACGGAGGCAUCGGUGACUAGUAACAACAACAAUAAUGGCGCCGGGGAAAAUGGGAGUCCUGCAGAAACCGAGGCCCAAGCGAUGGAGGAGGCGGAGACGGGUGAGAAGGCCCCUGCGGCCGCCGUACCUGUGGCGGCACCGGCAGAAGAGAGUCCAGCUCCUUCGUCUUCAGCGGCCUCCUCGUCAGCUCCCGGACCCACUUCGUCCUCCUCGUCUGCUGUGGUGAAUCUACUGGAUACAUGUGCGGUUUGCAAACAGAGCCUGCAGAGCCGGGACUCGGAGCCCAAGCUUUUGCCCUGUCUGCACUCCUUCUGCCGCCGCUGUCUGCCUGAGCCGGAGAGACAGCUAAGUGUCCCGCUCCCCGGGGCCAGCAACGGGGACAUUCAGCAAGUUGGGGUGAUAAGGUGCCCGGUGUGCAGACAGGAGUGCAGACAGAUUGAUCUGGUGGAUAAUUAUUUUGUGAAGGACACCUCGGAAUUACCGAGCAGCAGUGAUGAAAAGUCCGAGCAGGUUUGUACAAGUUGUGAAGACAAUGCGAGUGCAGUGGGGUUUUGUGUGGAAUGUGGGGAAUGGCUCUGUAAAACCUGUAUAGAAGCACACCAAAGGGUUAAAUUCACCAAGGACCACAUGAUAACGAAGAAAGAAGAUGUAUCUUCAGAAGCCGUGGGAGCGUCGGGUCAGCGUCCGGUGUUUUGUCCAGUUCACAAGCAAGAGCAGCUCAAACUCUUUUGUGAAACAUGCGAUAGACUGACGUGUCGGGACUGCCAGUUACUGGAGCACAAAGAACACAGGUACCAGUUUUUGGAGGAGGCAUUUCAGAAUCAAAAAGGAGCUAUUGAAAACUUACUUGCCAAGCUCUUGGAAAAGAAGAAUUAUGUAAAUUUUGCUGCUACUCAGGUCCAAAACAGGAUAAAAGAAGUAAAUGAAACUAAUAAGAGAGUGGAACAGGAAAUUAAAGUGGCUAUUUUCACGUUAAUAAAUGAAAUUAAUAAGAAGGGCAAAUCACUCCUUCAGCAAUUGGAGAGUGUUACAAAAGAACGUCAAAUGAAGCUUGUACAGCAACAGAACGACAUCACGGGUCUGUCACGGCAGGUGAAGCAUGUCAUGAACUUCACAAACUGGGCUAUUGCAAGUGGCAGCAGCACAGCGUUACUAUACAGCAAACGCCUGAUUACUUUCCAGUUACGUCACAUCUUAAAGGCAAGGUGUGAUCCUGUCCCAGCUGCCAAUGGAGCAAUAAGAUUUCAUUGCGACCCAACAUUCUGGGCAAAGAAUGUAGUUAAUUUAGGUAAUCUCGUGGUGGAAAAUAAGCCAACUACGGGUUAUACUCCCAAUGUUGUGGUUGGUCAGGUUCCUCAGGGCUCCAACCAUGUAAACAAAGCUCCUGCACAAAUUAACCUAGCACAACUCCGACUCCAGCAUAUGCAACAGCAGGUGUACGCUCAGAAACACCAGCAGCUCCAGCAAAUGAGAAUGGCUCAGCCACCUGGACAGCACCAGAGACCAUCUGCCCCUCAAGUAAUGCAUCAGCAGCCACCACGGUUAAUCAGCAUGCAGGCAAUGCAAAGGAAUAAUAUAAACUGUGUGCCCUUCCAAGCGCAUCAAAUGAGGAUGGCACAGAAUGCCGCGCAGAAUGCUGCCCGUAUGCCCAACGUCUCCCGUCACAAUGGACCUCCUCAGUACGCCAUGAUGCAGCCUCACCUCCAAAGACAACAGCAUUCUAACCCCGGCCAUGCUGGGCCUUUUCCAGUUGUUUCGAUCCACAACAAUACCAUAAAUCCGACCAGCCCUACCACAGCAACCAUGGCAAAUGCAAACAGAGGUCCAACCAGCCCAUCAGUUACAUCGAUAGAACUAAUUCCAUCUGUAACAAACCCAGAGAACCUUCCCUCACUCCCAGACAUCCCUCCCAUCCAGCUGGAAGAUGCUGGUUCUAGUAAUUUAGACAAUAUUUUAAGUAGAUACAUUUCAGUUGGGCAUCAGCUCCCCCAACCAACAAGCACUAUGAACCCUUCACCGGGACCUUCUUCUAUGUCACCUGGGUCAACAGGCAUGGCCAACUCUCAUACUCCUGUGAGGCCGCCCAGUACGUCCAGCACAGGAAGCAGAGGAAGUUGUGGUUCCAGUGGUAGAACAAUCGAAAGAAAUGCUGCCUUUAAGUCAGACCCGGUAAAAGUUAAACAAGAGCCUGGAACAGAGGAGGAAGUUUGUAGUUUCUCAGGGACUGUAAAGCAAGAGAAAGCUGAAGAUGGUCGACGAAGCGCCUGCAUGCUGAGCAGCCCAGAGAGUAGUCUGACGCCGCCUCUCACCACGAACCUGCAUCUCGAAAGUGACCUGGAAGCCCUGGCCAAUAUGGAGAACCAUGUAAAAGCAGAGCCAAAUAGCACAAACAGAAGCUGUGAGCAGUCGUCCCACACUAGCCUUGUUAAUGGGAAGUCGCCUGCCAGGAGCUCCAUGCAUCGGUCACCAAGAGGAGGUGAAGGGACAAAUAAAGAGGACGAUCCAAAUGAAGACUGGUGUGCCGUGUGCCAAAACGGAGGAGACCUCUUAUGUUGUGAAAAGUGCCCUAAAGUCUUUCACCUCACUUGUCAUGUACCAACGCUCCUUAGCUUUCCUAGUGGUGAAUGGAUCUGCACAUUCUGUCGAGACUUGAACAAGCCAGAAGUUGAAUAUGAUUGUGAUAAUUCUCAGCACAGUAAAAAAGGGAAAACUGUACAAGGGUUAAAUCCUGUGGACCAAAUGAAAUGUGAACGACUUCUUCUUUAUCUUUACUGCCACGAGCUGAGCAUUGAAUUUCAAGAACCAGUACCCAUCUCGAUACCAAACUACUAUAAAAUAAUAAAGAAGCCGAUGGAUCUGUCUACAGUAAAAAAGAAGCUACAAAAGAAGCACUCACAACACUACCAGACGCCUGAAGACUUUGUGGCAGACGUCCGGCUCAUAUUUAAGAACUGUGAAAGGUUCAAUGAAAUGAUGAAAGUUGUUCAAGUUUAUGCAGAAACACAAGAGAUUAAUCUGCAGAAUGACUCUGAAGUGGCCCAAGCAGGAAAGGCUGUUGGAUUAUACUUUGAAAGUAAACUCCCAGAAAUCUACCCUGACAGAACCUUCCAAGCAUUGCCAGAAUUUGAACCAGAGGAGGACGAUGGCGAAAUAACAGAGGAUUCAGACGAGGAUUUUGUACAGCCACGAAGGAAACGUCUAAAGUCAGAUGAAAGACCAGUGCAUAUAAAGUGAUCUGGAAGCACAGAACUUAUAAAUAUUUUGUGUAGAAAAGAGGAAACUAGUUUGUGUUCCCGGAAUAUUGUCACAACUACGCUGGCAAUCUUCAUGGAGAAGCUGGCAACUUUUAGACAGUAUUAGACCAACAAAUCUUUGUACAGAAAAUAUGAACAUUCUUUUAACGAAGUGGAGGACACUUACUGUCACUUUGUUUUUUUUGUUUUGUUUUUUUUUUUGUUAUUUUUUUUUAUUUUUAGUCUUCAUGGGCUUUUGGCCCUUGGAACAAUCUACUUGUAUUUUCAGUUGGGCUUUUGUGAAUGUUAUAGCCAAUUUAUUUUGGUUUGGUAUCCUCAGCCGUUCUUUGUACAGAUAUCUAAGUGGACUUGGUGGUUGUGUUGCUUGUUACUCAAUUUCUUUCAAGAAGAUUGGACCAGUACAUGCGGUUUACUGUAACAAAA